UAACGCAGGCUUAUCUUCUUAAGUUCUGAACCCUUUUUUUGCUGACAAUACGAAAGCACCUUCAAGUCUUCAACUUUCAAAAGGUCAUUCCAUUUUUGAUGUCCCUUCUUCACCAAAACCGUACAAUUCCCGAUGGUUCGUUUCGUCCUAAAAUCCACUGAACCUGGGGAACAGCAACAGCAAAAGCAAAAGGGAGAAUGGCUAGCAGGGAGUUUCAAGCCAGAGAACUUUGUUCCGGGUCUUGUUAUUGGUUUCAUUUUUGGGUUGUUGUUGGACUUGACAAAGCCCGGUAGAUUUCAUCUUCCCAAGAAAAAUUUCUCAUCUGGCAAGGCUCAACACCAAUUGUCAGUAUCUAGUAAUGGUGAUCAAGACCUGAAAAUGGUGCUAGUUGUAAGGCAAGACCUAAAGAUGAAAUCUGGAAAGAUUGCGUCACAAUGUGCUCAUGCUGCCACUGGCAUGUAUGCUGAAUUAAUUCACAGUGACCGUUCACUUUUGAGACAAUGGGAAAGCUGCGGCCAGCCAAAAAUUGUUGUGACUUGCAGGAAUCAACAAGAAAUGAAUAAGCUGAAGGACACAGCUGAUAGUAUUGGCCUUCCAACCUUUGUUGUUGCUGAUGCUGGGCGAACACAGGUUUCGGCAGGAUCAAAGACUGUUCUUGCUGUUGGACCUGGACCAAAAUCAUAUGUAGAUUCAGUGACUGGGAAGUUGCCCCUACUUUAACAGAAUUCAGAAAAAUAAACCUUGUAAUGAUAAAUUUCAUGACCUUUCCUCCCAUUUGUAUCUUCAUUUUGGCCAUUGCAACCUCACUUUAGGUAGUUUAUAGUUGGUAGCACUCAAUAGUACUAAUUUGUAGUUGGAGCUUAUUUUGAUUCCCUUGUAUUCAUUGCUACAUUUAUUUUUAUAUCUCACAUUAUUCAUAACUUCAGAUGUAUGAAUUUCUGUAUCCUGAUCACCAGAGAUGAAUAGAACACUAUUUUUGUUCUUUUA